AUGAGAAGAAAGCCUACGUUGGCGCAGUCAAGUGUCUCCAAUCCAGGAGCCCGAGGACGUCGUCGUACUUCUCUGGCGCACGUUCCCGGUACGACGACUUUGUGGCAACACACAUCAACUCAACCGACCAUGUUCACUUCGUCGGACACUUUCAUCCCUGGCAUCGGUACUUUGUGGCUUCCUAUGAAGCAGCUCUCCGCGAUGAGUGUGGUUGGACAGGCGGUCAGCCACUGGACACUGGAUGCCACGGAAGAGGACUUUCCCAAGGCACCGGUCUUCGACGCGGUUACCGGCUUUGGCGGAAACGGCUACUACGUCGACAGCAGCAACGACACGAGCGUGCGACUUCACAUCCCUGGCAAAACCGGCGGCGGUUGCGUCACCGACGGGCCGUUCCGCAACUACACGGUCAACAUGGGCCCCAACAACUCGACGGCGUACAACCCUCGUUGCCUCAAGCGUGACUUCAGCCCUUCGUUCGCAUCGCAAAAGCUCAACAUGACGAUGGUGGACAAGGUCCUUGCGGGCAAGACGUUCCAGGAAUUUGACGUUGCAGUCCAGGGAUGGGUCAGUAUCGACGGCCUGACCUACCACGGAGGUGGGCACCUGGGUGUUGGUGGCGACUUGGGCGACAUUGGUGAUCUGUACAAUAGCCCGUCGGAUCCUCUGUUCUUCCUCCACCACGCGAACAUGGACCGCGUCUGGGCGACGUGGGAAAGCCAAGACAUCAAGAGGCGUGUCAAGGACAUCUCCGGACCCGACACGCAAUUUGCCUACCCGUUCGACUUCUAUGGCGAUGUUGCGUAUCAGAACAUCACACUGGACUAUCAGAUGCACUUUGGGGCGCUGACGAACUCGAGUUGGGUGCGAGUGGGCGACGUGAUGGACGUCCAAGGCGGCGUGCUCUGCUAUGCGUACGACGAGUUGUACUGA